UCGAUUUGUAAUGUACGAUUUGAUCAAAUUUGGUGUGAUUUUUAUUAAAAGUGGGUUGUAAUUUAUGAAUUGUUCAUCGCGGAAGGGUGCAGUAAUCAUAGGAAGGAGUUAAAAUGACCUCCACCUUCAGCAAGCGCAGGGACCACAAGGAGUCCAUACGGUCCCCCUACAUUUUAGAGCGUAGGCGCAACUUAUUUCCUUCCACCACCACUUCCUCCAACGAAGAGUCGGAACUUGGCUACAUGUGUCGAUUAGAUAGCUCAGACAGCGACAAUGACGUGCCUAAGACACCUAAGAGAACUUCUCCUGAGAACAUAUCCUCUCUGACGCGUAGUCCAUGGUCUCAAUCCCUCAGUACUCCCAAUAAUGAUACUAGCAGUAAUGAUGUGAUGGAAAAGGAGCAAAGAAUAAUAAUGGAAGAGUCUAAAAAUCAGAAAAGAAAAGAGAAUUCGCCGGAGAAAUGCUCAAAAGUACGCACGGCUCUAUUUCCAGCUACUGAAAACGCACCUCUGUCAACAAAGUUAUUUUAUGGCAAUCAGAAACAACAAAACUAUGAUUAUAAAGACAGAAACUCCUGGCGAUCACGGAAAUUACCGGUUAUACCGAACAAAAUUAAUCGAAAGUAUCCUAAGAAGUUUGUUAAAGGGCAAAUUAAUAAUGGAGUAAGGCAUAAAAUUAGACGGCCAAAGCGGAAACCAGUGGACAAAAAGCUUCUAAAAAAUGGCGAGAUAUUGAAUGAAUACCUCAAAGAUUUGUCAGAAUUAAACAAUAAACCGAAAGCAGCAACCAUAAUUCAUGCAAGUAAAGACGCUGAACGUCAAAAACCUCCUCAGUUAGACGCAGUUACCGCAAAAAUAGUCCAUAAUAGCGAAAUAUCGAACACAUGCCUAGAAGAUUUGUCAGAACUGACCAAUAAAUCCAACAAAGGAACCGUUCAGUCGGGCACUAAAAUUGAAAAAUUUCCUCAAUUAAAUGCAACUGCAAAUGAGGUCAAUGAAGCUGAAAAAUCACCUUCAUUGGCUACCAACUACGAGUUUGAAGACGAAUUCGAACCACCCCAAGUAAACAUCGAAAAUAUCCUAUCGAUUUUAGCCGAUGAAAGCUCCACUAUUUCUGUAGGUUCAAUCCAUCGAGGGUCAACCAAUAUUCUAUCACCGAUUUCACAAAUGUGUGAUGUAACAUCUGGCUUGGCGCUAACCAGUCCCCAAAAACCGAAAAACUUGCGAAUGUCUUCAGGCACAUCAAAAAUGUUGUCUUUUUCCAAUGCAGAUAAAAUGGCAGAACAACAGCAAGAACGGAAAUUGUUUCCGGUGUUUCAAAAAGGUGCUACUGCUGGCCUACUAAAAAAAGAUGAUAAUGAGAGAGGGGAGAAGCGAAGCUGUGAUAGUGAUGUGUUAGAGAAACAUGCAAAGAGAUUUAAAGUCUUAGGUCCGGACCAAAUGCUCUUGGAUGCCGGUCAGAAACGUUUUGGACUUACCGAGUGUACUGAGUGCAACAUUUGCUAUCACCAGGGUGAUCCAAAUGACGAACUCCAGCACUCAAGCCACCACAACGCACUUCAAGUGCUUCGAUUUAGUGGUUGGAAAAAUGAACGUGUGGUAGCCGACCACCUAUCAGACGGCCGCAUCAUCCGAAUUUUACCCUCUGACUCCAAAGUCUGGCUGAAAAAGGUGGAAGACCUUAUGGUUCUUGUCAAUCGUGACCUUGGUUGUUACGGUGUAUUAAAUGACAUCAGCAAGUCUCAGGUGUAUAUGUACAUCAAAAAUCGCACCAUAGCAGGUUGCGUGGUUGCCAAGUCGCCCCAAGAACCUGGUCACCUUAUGUUGGGCGAUCACAUUGGUGUUUCUAUGUGUUCCAAAGAGCCCUAUCCAAUCAAAUGCGGCAUUUCGCACAUUUGGGUGCGGGCUUCUUUUAGGAAACAAGGUAUUGCCACUGCAAUGAUGGAUGCUGUCAAAUGCAGCUUUUUCACGGGUUACGUUCUAUCAAAUAAUGACAUAGCGCUGACGGCUCCCACCAUAGCCGGUGCAGCAUUUGCAGAAAAAUAUUUCAAAACUUCAAAUUAUUUGAUUUAUUUCAACUAACGCGCAUGGGUGUUCUUUUGCUCAUUGCGGUCGUGUAAGCAAGCGACAUCCAUUCAGUAUCAUCAUCUAUUUUACAUUAAAAAAUCAUCACACACACAACAGUUCAUAGUCAUUACCAUAGCUCAUAAAUGUUAAAAUCCUUAAGUAGGUAUAUACAUACUUUUAUACUAUCGCCCAGGAAAGAAUUGAUUUUAUAUCCUUAAAUUUUUGGAUAAGUUAUUGUUUCAAAUUAAAUUGUCUGACUUUGAAUCGGAUAAACCAUUCCAAAUGGGAAGGCAAUAAAAUAUUUAAUAAUUUACUUUUACAUUUGCGUUAAAAAUGUCUAAAAUGUUACUUUUGAAGUGAUUUUUGGAAUCUCAAUUUUUUCUGUGUUAAAGUUCUUAGAGGCUUCAGAGAAAUUUCAAGUCUACAAAGGAAAAUCACAUAUAAUCUCUCUGAGUUUACUCACACAAAAAUUCCUAGUGUGCCAUAUCAUGUUUCUUUUUUGAAAAAUUUGCCCAUUUCGCAAUUGCUAAGUAGCAACUGUCGAAUAGGACCAUUUUUCACAUAUUAUUAUGUUCUAUUAUUAUUUGACUCUUUAUAUUAUCACGUUGCACAAUUGCUAACUAGCAGCUGCUGAAUGGGGGGCAUUCCUCACAUAUUUUCUGUUAUAUAUUAUUUUACUUUCAAGAAUGUUCUAUUGUAUUAUAUCAUGUGGGCGUGGGGUAGUUGCUAAGUAGCAACUUCCAAUUAUUUUUCACAUGCUCCAUUAUUUAUUAUUUUACUUGUAAGAAUUUUUUCCUCUCUAUUUUAUCAGAUUGCGGAGUUGCUGACUAGCAACUACCAACUGGGACCAUUUUUUACAUAAUAUUCCCUUAUUUAUUAUUUUACUUGUAAAAAGUUUUCGUUUUAUUUUAUCACAUUGCUUAGAUUGAGAAUUUUCCUAUGACUUUUUAAAUUUCUAUUAGACUUAUCAUAUUUUUUAUCCUAUAUUUACUGAAAGUACAACGUAUGGGCAUGUUUUUUAGAAUACUUUUUACUUCUGUGUAAAUAAAGCCAUUUAUUUUAUACAUUUUAA